GGGGACAGCGUAGUGAGCCGUCUGACAGUCACCCUCCUCACCACCACAGUGUCCCCGCCCGCCGCCGCCGUCGCCACUAAUAUUAUCCUCAUACACGCCUCAUCUUCGCUCCCUCACCCUCGGGGCCUCACCGGCACCUUGGUCACUGCUGCAGGAGGAUGCCUGCUUACUACAAUAGAGAAGGGUAUGGGGAAGGCAGCGGUAGUGUACGCUACAGGGGACGAGGCCGUGGUGGUUUCGGCCAGGCGGGACGCGAGAGCGGCAGUGGUGGAGGGCGAGGCUAUGGACGCGGCGGAAGUAGACACGGGGGCGAAAGAUACAAUAAAUGGAAUGAAGGCGGAGGAAGACAUGGAGGAUCUGGAGGCUACAGGGAGAGCAGCUAUGGACAGAGUCGGUUCCGAGAUGGUCCAGGGAGCAGCUGGUCGGGGUCGGGCUUCGGACACUUCAAGGAGAGAGGAGGAUCAUCAGAACUGCACCGGUCGCUUAGUCAUCUGAGAGGCAGGGAGUCCAAAAUUGCCAUGAACAUUUUGAAUGCAGUCCUGGCUUCAGAUUCAUCUGGGAUGAGUGGUGGUGGUGGUGAGCGCUGGGACAACGGACCUCCGCCCAGGAAGAUGAGGCGUAUGGACUGGGAUGGGGUGCGAUCACCACCCAUGCACAGGGAUCCCCAGCGAGAACGUCGCAUAGACCCUCGCAAGAUGAAAUUGAAGGGCUACCGUGGCAUCAGCGGCUAUGCUCGUGGUCCUUUGGAGUAUCGAGAGGUGACACAAACCCAGUUAAGGGAAAUGGAAAUGGCCAGGCUAGAAAUGCCUCGUCCUGAAAAAAAGGAGAGCAAAGAUAGUGAGAAAAAGUCUUCAGCAACAGAAGCAAAACAAGUAAAUCAAGAUGUAAAAGAAGGGGAGCAGGAGAGGGCCACAGCUGAGGGAGACAGUCCUCCUGCCGAGGCUGACGUGAAACAGAGUGGUUCUGGUGAUGCAUCUGAGGAGAAAGUUGCAGAUGAUGUAGAGAUGAAAGAUGCUGAGGCAGAAGAUAAAACUAAGGUCAAGCAGGAAGAUGAGGUAACCAAGAAAAUAUCAGCCCCACAGAGUCAUGAUGACACAAAUGUUGUCAUUCCUCGGGCAGCGCUUAAGUGCCAUAUGUGUGAUAUGACUAAAUUUCCUCACACAAAGGCUUACCUGAGUCAUCUGGAGAGCAAAAACCACGAGAUGAUGGCUCAUACCUUCCAUAACCGCAAUGCUGCCAUUAUUGAUGUCUUGAUGUUUGAUUCCAAGUUGGCAUGCAAGUGGAAGCCGAGUAAGAAGGGUGGAUCUGCCCGCUGCCUCAAGUGCUUGUGCUUCAUGAGCACUACCAUCCAGGAGCACUGUCAGACCACCGAGCACACGCUGGUGAGUCAGUACUCUCGGGUUAGUUGCUGCGGCUACAAGUACAACAGAGCCAUCCUGGAGGAGCACCGCCUCUCUCUGCGGCACCUUAAGAACCAAUGGGACAUAGAACAGGAGACCCGAGAACGUGACGAGAAGAAGGAGCAAGAGGAGGAGAGGAUAGAAAGUGAAGAAGCAUUCCAUGAAAAGGUGUACAAUUUCAAGAAGUCCAAUGAAUCCGAGGAGCCACUAACCUCGGACACCUUGCCUCCGUAUGAUGCUACUAAACCCAUAGGUUUAAACUUCCUUUACAAAGAGACACUGUAUCGUUGCGAUAUGUGCGGCAGUCAUUUGAGAAAUCCACAGCAUGCCGAAUAUCACUUCCGUUCCGUCGAUCACUACUUCAGUUUGUGUCGCCAUCUCGCCGCAGAAGAGGAGAAGAAAGAACUGGAGAGAAAGAAAUUAGAAGAAUCUAUGAAGGAGGAGGAGGCGAAGAACAAAGAAGAAAAUGGAGACGAGAAUGACAACUGUGAGGACAUGAACAAUAUGGAGACUGUGGACGAGGCUGUGGAAGAUGGUGACGGGGAUGCUCAUGCUGCUGGUGCUGCUGCCGACACACAAGCCUCGCCUGGCAACAAGAGAGCAGAUGCUGAUGCUGAGGUUGGAAAUGCUGAUGUGUCCUUUGACUCUGAGGCUGUGGCAUCGGAGGAUGCUGGAGAAGGCUUGGAAAGAAGUAUAGAUAGUGAAGAACAAAUGGAUCACGACAAAGCGAAUGAAGAGGAGGAUGGAGGUAAUAUUGAGGAAGAUAAUGAAUGGAGCGGUGAACACGACCAGGAUGAUGCGGCCGAAGGGGAAGAAUUGGUUCUCAACAGCAAUGCCGAUGGAGGUGAUGACGAAGAGGAAGUUAUAGACGAAGAGGGACUGGACUACGAGCCGGGAGUUGGUGUCUAGUGGGAAGGUGCGGGCGAGACUGAGGAGAAUGAUCUACAGAAGUGAGGGGGAAGCAUACUCUUGCUUCUGUGUCAUGCUCAAGACUGCUGCAACACACAUACUAGUCUCGAGUCAACAGGACCAGCUCCUUUGUGUAUUUAGCUCUCAAACCUACUGUCCCUAAUUAAUGGGAUGGAAUAAUGCAUCAACCUUUGAUCCACCGCUAGAUUAUUGUUCCAUUAUGCUAUAUGCUGUACCUACUAGUGAGGCAACCUUCAUGUGGUUAUGAAGGAGUUGGUUACAUCUGGGGAUUUGGAUAAGUGUAUCAGUAAAGUAGACUAUUCCAUGUGCAGGCGAUGAGUCACAAUAACGUGGCUGAAGUACAGUAUGUUGACCAGACCACACACUAGAGGUUGAAGGGACGACCACGUUUCGGUCCGUCCUGGACCAUUCUCAAGUCGAAUCGACUUGAGAAUGGUCCAGGACGGACCGAAACGUCGUCGUCCCUUCAACUUCUAGUGUGUGGUCUGGUCAACAAUAGACUAUUCCAUGGUAUCCCUUAUUAACGCAGCCAGAGGAUCAGUUCACUCUUAACUCUAGUAACUGUGAUGGGUGACCUGAACAAUGAUGUAUGGCUUCAUACGCAUGGAAGAAUAAGUAUAAACAAAUUGUAAACUAGGAAAUUUAUCUGCAAGGAAGAGAAAUGCGGUACUGUAUUCUGAAGAAAGGUAUUUAAUUAUUUUUGUAAUAUAGGGAAAUAUUUUAAUUGUAGGGAAUAGAAGUGGUUAAAGAACUUGUGGUUAAAAAUGUCACUCGGUCUUGACGAAGGCUUUCAGCCAAAAUGUAUAUCGGUCUCAACCUGUGAGGCUCACCACUAAUUAAUUUGGACAUUCUAAUAUGAAUUAAAUACAUUAAUUUAGUUUGUGUAAAAACUUUUUAAUGUGAGGCAGUUAGGUGAGGUUUUGUUAGUGUGGCUACAGUGUGAUCUGAAGGUAAGUAUUUACUUUUCCAUAUUUUAGUAGAAUAAGCUUUUGCUUUACUAAACUGAGAGUGAAUGUGUAUUGUAUACCUUGAACAUUUGUGUGUAAAAUAAAGUAUUUUGUAAAGUUUUCAUGUAUCAUAUUUACAUGACCCAAUCUGGUAUUGAGAAAGUGGGAUACUCAAAGUAUCUUGUUAAUUAUGUACAACCAUUUAUUUUUCCUAAGGGACCCUGAUAGUAAAGUGUUGAGCACACAGAUGUGUGUCUUCACUAUAGGUGAGGAGGUGGUAUUAGAAUGCUACAAUAAGAGUACGGUGCCCAAUUUAUAAGGCAUUUGUUAACGUGUUCAAUUCUGAAUGGAUCAAGGUCAGUAUUUGAUAAGGAAACUAAUGUUCUUGGGUAGAAAAGGGCAUCAAGUUAAGGGACGUAAGUUAUUGGUGGAACCAUAUCCAUAACUUUAAUUUCAACAUCUUGAUUAAACAACAAUUUAUGCAUUGUUGAAUGUUAAGACAUGCUAGCAUGGAUAUUAGGGCUUUAAACUUCAGGAUUAGCUAAUCUAGGGAAGUAAACUGUGCUGAUCUUGUGAACUGUAUCAAGAAAAUUGAGUAACUUUAGGUGGUGUUAUGUACGUGGAUGUCGGAACACACCAUACAUGUGUUGUGUUUGCUUUAAUGAGUGUUUUAAAUCACGAGAAUUGUCUUAAGAUAAUUUGAAGAGUUCUGGGAAGCCAAUGUUGGUUGAAGUUAUCCAUUAAACCCACAACUCUGGGAAGUUCGUGUUAACUAUCUUUCUAUAAGUUUGUAAUUAUCGUCCAAUGAAACUGAAACUAUUAUCAGGUUGGGAUAUGAACUGUUAAAAUAAAUGGCAUUAAAGAAUAUACAUUGUAAAUCUUUAAGGAUGAAUAUUGAUCAAAUUACUAAUUGAUAUACCAAUAUUUGGCAUAAUUUCCAGGUGUAGUAAAGUACAGGUUGGCGAGUGUGUCAUCAGCUGUUGAAGGCUUGGUUACGUGUCCAGAUGUUCCUCUUGUAUUGAAUAUAAUUAGUAAAGUGUUUUUGUCAGUUUUAUCUCGGUGUUCUGAACUGCACAGGUUAUUAUUACUGUUAAACCAUAUUGUAGCAAAGGUCAUAGUCGACACAUCUCUCAAUUUUGACCAUAUCCUCUUCACCAGAGUCCUUGAUUAACAAAUAUUAAAAAAGAUUCUUAAAAAUUCUAAUGGCAGAAGGUGGCCAUUACCAGUAUACGUCGAUGUAGAAUCACAUACAGUACUGAUGAUAAGUUUUGUUUGCAAGGCAGAUUUCCAUUUGUUGAUCAAUUGUGGUUUGUGAUAAGUAACCCUUGUGCCUAGAUUAAAACUGGACUGGCUGGUGUUGCUGUGGGGCUGAACGCCUUGUCCAUCUUGCAGUUAGAAAUGUGUAAAUUGUCUUGUGACGUUGGUGAAGCCCGGCCAGUGUUGUCGCGUGUAGUAUGUUACUCGACCGUGGCCCACACUGCUGGCUUGUGACGUUGGUGAAGCCCGGCCAGUGUUGUCGCGUGUAGUAUGUUACUCGACAGUGGCCCACACUGCUGGCUUAUACGUGGUCAAGGUAUUUUUUAAAUUUAAUUAUUUUCUGGACUCCUUUUAUGCAAAAUAAACACUUAAGAAAUGUGAA